UCACUCUCUCAAUAGAAAAAGAGCUAUGACUAUGAGAAGCUUAUUCGGAGCUUCUCAAAUCCUCGCCAAAUCAUCGUCUCUCUUCGUGAACCCAACCACUCGAUCUCAGCGGCGAAACUCGCUCAGCUUCUCUCUCUUCAAAACAUCGAAAGCCUCUCUCUCUUUCAGAACCUUCGCGAUCAUGGCCGCUACGGACGAGUUCGUUAAGGGAAGCGUUCGCCCAAACGGCGUCGCAUUGAUCACCCUCGAUCGCCCCAAGGCUCUCAACGCAAUGAACCUAGAUAUGGAUGUAAGAUAUAAAAAAUUUCUUGAUGAAUGGGAAUCGGACCCAAGGGUCAAAUGUGUUCUGGUUGAUAGCAGCUCGCCUCGUGCCUUUUCUGCAGGAAUGGAUAUUAAAGGGGUUGUUGCUGAGAUUCAAAAGGACAAAAGUGGUGAUGUGAAGCAGAUCACAACCAAAAAACAACUAUCAGAUAUGAUUGAGGUAUUCACCGCUGAAUAUUCUCUAAUAUGCAAAAUUUCCGAGUACAAGAAGCCAUAUAUAAGCUUCAUGGAUGGCGUAAUAAUGGGCUUUGGAAUAGGCCUAUCUGGACAUGGUCGCUACCGGAUCAUAACUGAGAGGACUCUUCUUGCUAUGCCAGAAAAUGGAAUUGGCUUGUUCCCAGAUGUUGGGUUUGCAUAUAUUGCAGCACAAAGUCCAGGAGGAGGAUCAGUUGGUGCGUAUCUUGGAAUGACUGGAAAAAGGAUUUCUACACCCGCUGAUGCAGUAUAUGUAGGUCUUGGUACACAUUUUGUGCCAUCCGGGAGCUUGGGACCUUUGAAGGAGGCCCUUUUGGCAACUACAUUUUCUGAGGACCCACAUGAAGACAUCGAAGCACUUUUGGCGAAAUACAGCAGUGACCCUGAGUCUGAGUCCCAGUUAAAAUUGUUGUUACCUCAUAUAGUUUCAUGCUUCGGUGCAAAUAAGUCAGUUAAUGAGACGAUUGAAGAACUGAAAAAGCAUCAGCUUAGCAGUGAAGCUGCUGUGGUAGAGUGGGCUAAUGAAGCUCUUCAAGGUCUUGGAAAAGGUGCUCCAUUUUCGCUUUGCUUAACACAAAAGCAUUUCUCUAGAGUUGCAUCUGCCCAUGGAAAAGAGGACAGCGAAUUGUCCACACUAAGCGGUGUGAUGAAAACUGAAUACCGCAUCGCCUUACGGUCUUCUCUACGAAAUGAUUUUGCAGAAGGUGUCCGGGCAGUUUUGGUGGACAAGGAUCAGAACCCAAAGUGGAAUCCAGCAAGUUUGGAGGAAGUCGAUCACAGUGAAGUGGAAAUCCUCUUUGCCCCAUUGAGCCCAGAAGUGGAGGAGUUGAGAGCGUGACAGAUUGCAUUAUAACUGUCCUAGUUAUUCCUCGUUGCAUCAAUAACAGAGAUGGAUAGUGGAUACUAUUGAAAUAUAUUUUCAGCUGUCGAAAAUAAGUUCAUUUUACAUAAGCAAAAGGCAUCCAACUGUGUGUAUGGUAUUCGUCUGUGAUGAUGGUGACUGUGUUUAUAGAAUUUUGUGAUAUCGUGGGCCCCAGGAGUUCUUGUACUCUACAGCCAGACCUUGCAAAUGCUUGUGAUUCUGUGAAUGUUUUCUUCAUCCA